UGGUUUGGUUUAUUGUAUGUGGCUAUUUAGAUCCGUUAAGUGAAACGUUUGACGAGAAAACCAGGAGUGUGCUUUACAACAACAAUGGCCAAAAAGGAACCUGAGAAAGGAACUGUUACCACAUCAGGGAUUCCUCAGAAUGUAAUUGGUGCCAUGGGAUUCUCAGGUCCAAUUGAUGAGUCCUCGGACAGUGAUGGAGAGCAAGAAGGGCCUCAGAAACUCAUCAGGAAGGUGUCGACCUCAGGACAGAUUAGAAGCAAGACAAGUGUGAAAGAAGGCCUACUGUUGAAGCAGACAAGCUCUUUCCAACGCUGGAAAAAACGUUACUUCAAACUGCGAGGGAGGACACUGUACUAUGCUAAGGAUGCCAAGUCUCUCAUUUUUGAUGAAGUGGAUCUCUCCGAUGCCAGUGUUGCUGAAUCAAGUACAAAGAAUGUUAACAACAGUUUCACGGUUAUCACACCAUUUCGAAGGCUCAUUCUAUGUGCUGAAAACAGAAAGGAAAUGGAGGACUGGAUCAGUUCUUUGAAAUCAGUCCAGUCCCGAGACCAUUAUGAGACGGCACAGUUUAAUGUGGAACAUUUCUCAGGGAUGCACAACUGGUAUGCCUGCUCCCAUGCUCGUCCCACCUUCUGCAAUGUCUGUAGGGAUAGCCUCUCUGGAGUCACAUCCCAUGGCCUCUCAUGUGAGGUGUGUAAAUUUAAAGCCCACAAGAGAUGUGCCGUGAGGGCCACUAAUAACUGUAAAUGGACAACCUUGGCUUCAGUUGGGAAAGAUAUUAUCGAGGAUGAGGAUGGGAUUGCAAUGCCACAUCAAUGGUUGGAGGGGAACUUACCUGUCAGUGCCAAGUGUGCAGUGUGUGACAAAACUUGUGGCAGUGUUCUUCGCCUGCAGGACUGGCGCUGCUUGUGGUGCAAGGCCAUGGUGCACACGGCCUGCAUGGAUCUUUACCCACGGAAAUGUCCACUUGGACAGUGCAAAGUGUCCAUCAUCCCACCCACUGCACUCAACAGUAUUGAUUCAGAUGGUUUCUGGAAAGCCACAUGUCCCCCAUCUUGUGCCAGUCCACUUCUGGUCUUUGUGAAUUCUAAAAGUGGUGACAAUCAAGGAGUGAAGUUUCUGCGACGUUUCAAGCAACUUUUGAAUCCAGCUCAAGUGUUUGAUCUGGUGAACGGAGGACCCCAUUUAGGACUUCGCUUGUUCCAGAAGUUUGAUAACUUUCGAAUUCUUGUUUGUGGUGGAGAUGGCAGUGUGGGCUGGGUACUUUCAGAAAUUGACAAACUCAGUCUUCAUAAACAGUGCCAGCUUGGUGUGUUGCCACUGGGCACUGGAAAUGACUUGGCACGCGUACUUGGCUGGGGUCCAUCAUGUGAUGAUGACACACAGCUGCCUCAGAUCCUAGAAAAGCUGGAGCGGGCCAGCACCAAGAUGCUGGACAGGUGGAGUAUCAUGACAUAUGAGAUUAAAAUACCUCCUAAGAGCACACCUUCUGUUGAUGACGAAGAGGACAGUCAGUUACAGAUUUCUGCUUAUGAAGAUUCAGUUGCUGCUCAUCUUACAAAGAUCUUGAACUCUGAUCAGCAUUCGGUGGUCAUAUCCUCGGCAAAGAUUCUUUGUGAGACAGUGAAGGACUUUGUUGCUAAAGUGGGAAAGUCUUAUGAGAAAGCCACUGAAAAUGCAGAGGAGGCAGACACUAUGUCUCUCAAAUGUGCCAUUCUGAAUGAGAAGCUGGACUCCCUAUUGCAGACACUGAACACAGAGGCACAGGUCUGCCUACCAACAGUGACAACACCUCCCAUUGUGGAGGAGGAGGAUGAGGAGGAGGGACUUCAAGGGGAGGAGCAGCUUAGUGAAUCCUCCCUCACUCAGUUGAAGGAGAGGCUGGAGGAGGAUGUGACUGAGAAAAAUUCCUCUUCACCAUGCAAGCACUUCCCACGUGAACAGCUCAUGCUAAGGGCCAACAGCCUGAAGAAAGCUGUGAGGCAGAUCAUUGAGCAGGCAGAAAAGGUGGUAGAUGAACAGAAUACACAUACAGAAGACCAAGAACUGCAAUCCCUGACUGCCCCUGAGCUUAAAAAGGACACGGAUGAUAAAGAUAGUGAGAAAGAUGAGGACACCAAGGAACUGCAGUCGUCACCCUUGGCCACAUCCCCAUGCUCCCCCACAGAGAGACGUGUCAGCCGCAGUACCCAGUCUUGUGGUUCCUUCUCAAUUCCUCCCUUCACCACCAGCAAGGAGAACCUUCCUGUUCUUAACACUCGUAUCAUAUGCCCAGGCUUGCGGGCAGGCCUUGCUGCAUCUAUAGCUGGCAGCUCCAUCAUCAGUAAGAUGUUACUUGCAAACAUUGACCCUUUUGGAGCCACUCCCUUCAUUGACCCAGACUUGGAUUCCCUAGAGGGAUACAUGGAGAAAUGUGUCAUGAACAACUACUUCGGAAUUGGAUUGGAUGCCAAGAUAUCAUUGGAGUUUAAUAACAAACGUGAGGAGCACCCAGAAAAGUGCCGGAGCCGUACAAAGAACAUGAUGUGGUAUGGAGUACUGGGUACCAAGGAACUUUUACAGAGGACCUACAAAAAUCUGGAGCAGAAGGUUCAGUUGGAGUGUGAUGGACAGUACAUUCCUCUUCCAAGCCUCCAGGGAAUUGCUGUAUUGAAUAUUCCAAGCUAUGCUGGUGGGACCAACUUCUGGGGUGGAACCAAAGAGGAUGACAUAUUUUGUGCUCCAUCAUUUGAUGACAAAAUCUUGGAAGUGGUUGCUGUGUUUGGUAGUAUGCAGAUGGCAGUGUCAAGAGUCAUCAAACUCCAGCAUCAUCGCAUUGCACAGUGUCGAUCAGUGAAAAUCACAAUCCUGGGAGAUGAGGGAGUGCCUGUUCAAGUUGAUGGGGAAGCCUGGAUACAGCCACCUGGAGUCAUCAAGAUUCAACACAAAAACAGAGCUCAGAUGCUCACUAGAGACAGGGCAUUUGAAAACACCUUGAAGUCAUGGGAAGAUAAGCUGAAAUACGACAAGCCCCCACUGCGGCCACACCUGUACCCUCAGCAGUCAGUAGACUUGGCCACUGAGGAAGAGGUCACCCUUAUUCAGAUAUGUGCUCGUGCUGCUGAAGAGCUCAUCACCAGGAUCUGUGAAGCAGCCAAAACCAAUGGUCUAUUGGAGCAAGAGCUUGCCCAUGCUGUCAAUGCCUCCUCACAUGCCAUCAACAAAACCCACCCAAAAUUCCCUGAGAGUCUAACCCGGAACACAGCUAUUGAAGUGGCAACUAAUGUUAAGGCAUUGCACAACGAGACAGAGUCACUGCUUGUGGGACGAGUGUCUUUGCAACUAGACUCUCCUCAUGAGGAGCUACUAUCAAGCGCCCUCCAGAUUGUAGAGGUUGAACUGGGAAAAUUGGCUGAAAUCCAUUGGCUUUACCACAUCAUCCAGCCCGAUGAUCAAGAGGAUCACUCAAUGGUGUAUGACAAGAGGAACAGCCGUGGUAGCAUGUUCCGCAUAGUACCAAAGUUCAAGAAGGAAAAGGCACCCAAGAAGUCCAGUCCACAGUCAGUUCAGAGGUGGGGUACGGAGGAAGUGGCCACCUGGCUGGAGCAGCUCAGCUUGGGGGAGUACAAAGACACCUUCAUCCGACAUGACAUCCGCGGCUCCGAGCUCCUUCAUCUGGAGAGGAGAGACCUGAAGGACCUGGGGAUAUCGAAAGUGGGUCAUAUGAAGAGAAUACUUCAGGGAACUAAAGACCUGGCAAAGAACAUCUUCGUAGAUCUCUGAGACUGGACAAGUUGUGAAAGGUCCUUUCUUGACUGAAGUGGCAAACUUCAAAGCUCAGUUGUUCGGACAAGACCUAUUUAACAUACUGCAUCCAGGGCACAAUUAGGCUUAGUUCACACUGGCAGUCGAAAUCGGAUGUCUUGCAUAUCCGAUCAGAACCUGAUCUUUCUGACUGACUGUUCUCAUUGCAUAUUGCAAGUGAUCACAUCCGAUCACAUCCGAUCUUGGCGUGCAAUGCUCAGAUCCGAUAUAAAUUACACACACCUGGAUUCAUUAGGUAGAGCUGUACACAACCAAGUCGUCAUGGAUGAAAGUGGAUUUUAUUUUUUUAUAUUUUCCAACUUAUUAUGCAUAGCCGCGGCACAAAUACUUCGUCACCCUUUACGUUACAGUUUUCCAUGUUUCACCAUAAAAUGAUGACUUGAAUCUGACGUUGGUUUUUGUUUUGCUGGUAGCCCUGGCGCACGCGCUGAAUCAAUCAAUCAAUCACUUCCGUCACUCAGAAUUACGUUGCAAUUGUUUGUCGCAGUGUAUAUGACGAAAGGGGCACGUUGAAAUCCUAUUCAAGUUGUUCGACUGUGUCAUAUCCGAUAGUAAGUGAUAUUGAAACCACCUCCGUAUGUGGUGCGAAUCAGCAUUGGAAAAAUCGCAUUUCAUGCGGUUUUGUGCCGUUCAGACUACCCAAAAUUCAAGCUAGAUACAAUCCAGAUAAGCAAAAAAUCGGAUUUCGACUGCCAGUGUGAACUAAGCCUUAGAUAUGCCAUGCUAUAUCAUUCUGGUCUUGUGAACAAUCAGAAAAAUCUGUCAAAUAGCGAGUUCCAUAAGGUGCUAACUGUGGAGUUUGUAUACUAUGGCCUUGUUAUUUUUAAUGUCUUCUUUCCCUGUUGUGGGUGGCUAUAACGGCCAGUUAAGGUGAUCCAUCAGCAAUAUACCAUUUUUGACAGCACUGUUUACAUUUCAACAAAGAAGGAGAUAGUUUACUGAAACAUUACAGUUAGAAGAGCGAUCUUAAAGGGAAACUUCUUGAUUUUUCAACCUGGGCGCUAUAUUUACACCUUUUGAGGUCCACAUUUUUAGUAGGGACAUAAAUGAUCAAGAACAGUAUUAACUUUAAAAUGGUAUAAACGGCAACUUCAACCGUGGUUGAAAAAUCUGAAACUUCCCUGUAAGACCAACAAGUCAAAAGUUGUUUCCUAAAAUAACACACUGAUGCAUAUGCUUGCUUGACUUGGAUAGCUAUUUGACUGCAUGAUCAGUGUCUUUUUAUGUAACACUUGAAUUAAUUUUACCAGAUGUAUUAUGUAAUUUAUAACUACUGAAUAAUCAUUUUUUCUAUAUUUAUUUAUUUGCAUGGAUAUGAGUUGUGUCAUGCCAUAUAUUUAUGGAAAAAUGUGUGUUACUGGUGAAAUUGUACUAAGUUUAGUCAUUAAGACUAUAAUACCAAACACUUCACAGCUGUUUCUGUGAAACCAUCACUUCCAUGAAUGUUUCCAAUUCAGCCAGUGUCCCUCAAUUGAUGCAUUUAUAAAUGAUUGUGCCUGGAAAUAGGACAAUUAGAAAUGUCAAGAGAUUACAAAGACAGUUUGAUGUGUAAGGUUUGAGUAAAUGUGUGCCAUGUUUUAAUCAACCUUUGUUGCCAUGACAAGGUCAAGGAAUCUCUAAAUCUUAAAUGUUUCUAAUUUGAUAUUGAAUAUUGAUAUACAGCUACAGUAUAUUUGAAUAUUUUACAAGAAAUACAUAUUUAUAGAUAUUGAACCUGCAGCUAAACAGUAUAAGAUAUUGCAUUGAUCUGCAAUGCUACAUAAAGCUUUUGAUGGAUAUCUGCUUUUCUAAGCUGUAUUCAGGGUUAAGUUGUUAUAGUAAUUAGGGGUGUGCACGGAUAGUUGAUAUUCGAUUUACUGUUUCUAAAGAUUCUUAAAACGCACAGUGUCACACACAGUGGCAUUCGUACCUCUGUAGCAUAGUAUAAUAUUGCAUAGCAAUUUUGCUUCAGUAUCACUGCAAGAUUCUAACUUAAUUAACAAUCACAAUAAACAUGUGAAUCUGGAUCUGAAAGUGCAGUCUACACAAUGCAGAGAACUCUGAUAAAGGACUGCCUUUUUAUUUCGUUUCUCAUUGCUAAGCACACCAUAUUGGAAAGACCAGAAGCUAGCCACCUUAUGCUCAUGAAAAUGCAUCCUCAAAAAAGCGGUGUUGGCAACGCAAAUAACCGAACAUGUGACCGAAUAACACUGCAGGUGGUUGGAUUAUUAUUUUAAAUGAUUCGUAUGCACACCCCUAAUAAUAGUAGGAAACACAUUUCAGAUUUUGUUAAAUUGGUGGUAUAACAGGGUAUAUUUGUAUUUGCUGUUAAUAAGUUUGUAUACAGUGUAAAUAUGCAUACCAGUGUAUGUAUACACUCUUAUCGCCUAUUAAUGUAAAAAUGCCUUAUAGUUUGCUAAGACAAGAUUAUCAGUUUAUGUUGAUUGAGUAAAGUGCACUGUAAUGAAAUGUCAUUUAGUGAUUGUUUUAAAAAUUAUGUUGUAUUAUGAUGAAGGUGCAAUAUUGUAUUUUUUCGAUACCAUUUUAGUCCUUUUUAAGGUAUGUAGGUUUUUGUAUCUAUGCGGAACACAAAAGCUGUAAUUCUUGUACUCCUCUUUUUCGACUGUGGAGUAAGUGAGGUCCCUUGCCUGACCAGUCAUGAAAGUGUAUCUCCUGAUUCAUAACUCUUCCAAUUGUCAUUUAUUAGUCUUUUCUAUUUGUGCUUCCAGCAUGUGAUAUGAAGUUUCAAGUCUUGUGAAGUCUAUAAUUGGCAAAACUGCCUUUGGUGCCUCUUUGAGAUGUAUGAAGAAUAGAUAGCUGCUUACAGUGAAUCUGUAUUAUACAUAGUUGUGCUGAAGUCAGAUGUUAUUUGGCUAUUAUUUGACACAAUUGUAUUUCAGUCCAAGGAUGAGUUCAUGAGAUGUCAUCCCCUUAACAAUAUGACAUUAAUGGAAACAAUGGAAACAAUUUUAAGUAUAGAGUGGAAUAAUAGAGUGGGGAGCUUUAUUGAUAGGUACUAGCACCUUAAUAUGGUUUAAGUAAAUUCCUUGGAAAUUAUGUCAGCUUUCGGUGCAUAGAUAUUAUGUCCUAACAGAAAUAUCAGAUAUUUUCCAUUGCUACAUUAAAAGCAAUACACUGGUUAUUUAACCCCACCGUGAAUCUGCUUUUACAUUUACUGCAAUACUGAAUUCAUUGUUAAAUAUGUUAAAGGGGAAAUCAUUUUUAAAUUAACUACUUAUAUUAUCCUUAAAGAGAGAAAUGUUCAGUUUGACUUCAUAACCAAAGACAUUGGGGAAAUGGCACAAUUCUUGAAUCAGUCAACAUUAUUAGUGUACUGUAUAAAGAAGUGUAAAUGUAGGUAUAACUGUGUGGCCUUAAAGUGCAAUGAAGAUAUGUAUGCAUAAAACAGGUCAAGGGUAUAGACACCACAUUAUCUUCUCCAGAAUAUUGAAAAGCUAGAAUAUCCUAAAAAGUGCUGCAUAUCUGAGAUUUAGAGUAGUCAUUUAUACAUAUUUCUGUAGCAGCCAGUGACCAUUGCAGUGUCAGUCUGUGGAUAGCAAUCAAUCAAUUUAAUCAACAUUCUGAAGUUACAGUCUUCCUCUCAUGUUGCAAUGUGUUUGUCUUACACAGAGACACUGGCUAGUUACUUGUAAGGAAGUUCUCGUGGAUACUGAUGGACUAUUCCCUGACCAUAGCCCUAGCAAGAAAGGGCUUUGAUUUAUUACAAAACUUACGUAUAGCUGUAAACUGCCUUGUUUUAGGGGGGGGGGAUGUGUGGAAGUUAUCAGAGGUGAAAUUGCCUAUCUCUGUCUUAUAUUUAGUGAGAAGUGAGUUAUUUCAUUUCUUUACAUUGUGUUUACAAUGCACCGUUCAAUUUUCAAGGCUGUAUACUGAGUCAUUGAUGAUACAAUAUUUAUUGACCAAGGUUUAGCAACUGAUGGUUAUGUUUUCACUGUUUGAAUGCUGUAUAAUGUUAUAGUUGUCACUUGCAUUGAUAUCUGCAUAAUUUUGGUAAAGUAGUUAAUCAUCUUCAUUACUACUGAGUGACUGUUUCUUGUGCCUUUUUUACUGUAGAAUGCAUGGUUAAAUAUUUAUUAUGAUAUGGAGUUCACUGAGAUGUGUAUUUUUGUAUACUGAUUAAUUUUGUUGAACAUUUUCGAUGCCUUGAAGAGGCCAUCUCUCAAUAUCUUCCUUCUAUAAUAAACCUGAAUGCAUAUAAA